AUGGCAAUAACCCCAUCAACAACUCGUUCAUUGUUAUAUAUGUUCAUUGGCAGUAUUGUGUCUACUCUGACAGUCAGUGGCAACCUCCUCGUAAUCACAUCUGUCAUUUACUUCAAACAGCUUCACACUCCCACCAACUAUCUCAUCCUUUCCCUGGCUGUGGCUGACCUGCUGGUGGGUGCUCUGGUUUUACUCUUCAACAUGGCUCUCUCAUUACAAUCCUGUCUGUACUUUGGGGAUUUAGUAUGUAAAAUACGAAGAAGCUUAGAUAUUUCACUAAUGACAACAUCUAUUCUUAAUCUGUGCUGCAUUUCCAUUGACAGAUAUUAUGCCGUUUGUCAACCUCUGACAUACAGAACACAAAUUAAUGUGAGUGUUGUUUCUGUGAUGAUUCUGUUGAGCUGGAUUGUUUCAGCCCUGUCUGGAUUUGGUAUCAUGUUUGUGGGACUAAAAAAUACUGUAUGUGAAGGAAGGUGUUUCAUAUUUCAUAUUCCACAUUCCAAUGUUAUUGGCUCUGUUGUUUCAUUUUACUUACCCGUGUUCAUAAUGCUUUGUAUCUAUCUUAAGAUAUUCUUUGUGGCACAGAAACAAGCACGUAGCAUCCAGAGCACAAAGGCUGGAACAACCACCAGUGGGAUGGAGAGAAAGGCCACCAAAACUCUGGCCAUUAUCAUGGGAGUAUUUCUUUUCUGUUGGACUCCUUUCUUUGUUUCUAUAACUUUUAACCCUGUGUUGAAUUAUUCUAUCCCAGCACCUGUAACUGAAACACUUGUUUGGCUUGGAUGGUCAAAUUCAAUGCUUAAUCCAUUUGUUUAUUGCUUCUUUUACAGCUGGUUCAGAUCUGCUUUCAGAAUUAUCAUCUCUGGAAAAAUUAUUAAUAGCAACUAUGCCAACGCACAGCUAUCUUAAGCAGCCUUGCUUUGUUGAGAAGGCAUUCAGCUGAUUCCUGCAGCUGGGUCCCCCACG